GCCGUGGGGCGGGCGCUGGACAAAAGGAGGGUGAGCGAGGCGGGCGCUGGCCUGGAGCGGAGCCGCGUGUGCACCCGGUGCGUUUUGAAGCAGCACUGGCAUGUCACCUUGAAGGAAGCUCUGGUGAGCUACUAGGAUGAAUAAACACUUCGCUCUGUCAAGUGUGACUGGAUAUUUGACAACCAAGCAGUGAACUCCAUGUCAUCUUGGGAAACCAGGGUAGUUCAGACAUUUUCUGUCAUGAAAAAGAGGAGCAGAUUUGGCCACAAUAGUAAGAUUUUUGGCUGCAUCCAUCCAGAGUUCAGAUUUUAUUAGUUGAUGCUAAAUAUCUAUUACUGGUUUUACAAACAAGAUUCAUAAACGUGGCCCCAGCUGAUCUGGCAAAGCAACUCUCUGGCAGUUGGAGAUUUGACUUCUCACUUCUGAAAAAAAGGGACCAGCUGAAUGAAUGAUGAGGAAGGCCUGGCAUUGCUAACAUGAGCUCAGCUUGGAAGGCGAGAAGAGAUAGGAAUUAGGAAUGGCCAGGGAUUGUCUAUCCCAGCACCACAUCUGUGAAGGUAGCAAGUACAAGCAGUUUCAGAGUUCCUAGAUAGCCAUGUCAGCCAAAGCCAUAUCUGAGCAGACGGGGAAGGAGUUCCUGUACAAAUAUAUCUGCACAUCCUCAGCCAUUCAGAACCGCUUCAAGUAUGCCAGAGUGACGACUGACACCGACUGGGAUCGGCUGACCCAGGAUCAUCCCUGGCUCCUGACUGAGCGUCUGGUGGUGAAGCCGGAUCAGCUGAUAAAACGGCGUGGGAAGCUUGGAUUAGUUGGAGUUAAUCUUGACCUGGGUCAGGUGAAGGCUUGGCUCAAACUACGUCUGGGAAAAGAAACUACGAUCGCUAAAGCGACAGGUAUCCUUAAGAACUUCCUGAUCGAGCCCUUCGUCCCUCACAAGCAGGAAGAAGAGUUCUACGUGUGCAUCUAUGCUGCCCGCGAGGGGGACUAUGUGCUCUUCCACCAUCAAGGGGGUGUGGACGUGGGAGAUGUUGAUGCCAAAGCUCAGAAGCUCUUGGUGAGGGUGGAUGAAAAGCUCAGUGCAUCCGAUGUGAAAAAACAUCUCUUGGUGCACGCACUGGAGGAGAAGAAAGAUGUCCUGGCUAGCUUCAUAUCUGGCCUUUUCAACCUUUACGAAGACUUGUAUUUCACGUACCUGGAGAUAAAUCCACUAGUUGUGACUAAAGAUGGUGUCUAUGUUCUGGAUUUGGCUGCAAAGAUUGACGCUACAGCUGACUACAUCUGCAAAGUGAAAUGGGGGGAUGUGGAGUUCCCCCCUCCCUUUGGCAGAGAGGCUUAUCCAGAGGAAGCCUAUAUCGCUGAUCUGGACGCAAAGAGCGGAGCCAGCUUGAAACUGACUCUUCUCAACCCCAAGGGGAGGAUCUGGACCAUGGUGGCUGGAGGAGGGGCAUCUGUGGUUUACAGUGACACCAUUUGUGACCUGGGGGGUGUAAAUGAACUGGCAAACUAUGGGGAAUACUCUGGAGCCCCUAGUGAGCAGCAGACAUACGACUAUGCAAAGACCAUUCUCUCCCUCAUGACUCGGGAGAAGCACCCAGAGGGCAAAAUCCUGAUAAUUGGAGGCAGCAUUGCUAACUUCACCAAUGUGGCAGCCACCUUUAAGGGUAUUGUGAGAGCCAUUAAGGAUUACCAGGGCCCUUUGCAAGAGCAUGGUGUGAGGAUCUUUGUACGGAGAGGAGGCCCUAACUACCAGGAAGGGUUGCGCGUCAUGGGUGAAGUGGGAAAAACCACCGGGAUCCCAAUCCAUGUCUUUGGGACAGAGACCCACAUGACAGCCAUUGUAGGCAUGGCACUCGGCCAGCGACCUAUCCCUAAUCAGCCUCCUGCAGCAGCCCACACCGCUAACUUCCUCCUCAAUACCAGCGGUAGCUGUUCUACACCAGCACCAAGCAGAACCGCCUCUUUUUCUGAGUGCAAACCUGAUGGGAUUGCUCCAGCCAAGAAAGCGAAGCCCAUGACACCUCCUGAUUCAGCCCCAGCUUCAAGACCUGUGCAAGGUAAAGCCACAACCCUGUUCAGCUGUCACACCAAAGCUAUUGUUUGGGGGAUGCAGACACGAGCUGUGCAGGGCAUGCUGGACUUUGAUUAUAUCUGCUCCAGGGAUGAGCCUUCGGUCACUGCCAUGGUUUAUCCAUUCACUGGCGAUCACAAGCAGAAAUUCUAUUGGGGCCACAAGGAAAUCCUGAUCCCUGUCUUCAAGAACAUGUCUGAUGCCAUGAGGAAGCACCCAGAGGUAGAUGUGCUGAUCAACUUUGCAUCUCUGCGGUCUGCUUAUGACAGUACCAUCGAGACUAUGAGCUUUCCACAGAUCCGCACCAUUGCCAUCAUUGCCGAAGGCAUUCCAGAGGCACUGACACGCAAACUAAUCAAGACUGCUGACAAGAAAGGGGUUACUAUAAUCGGGCCUGCGACUGUUGGUGGGAUCAAACCUGGAUGCUUUAAAAUAGGCAAUACGGGGGGUAUGUUGGAUAAUAUCCUGGCAUCAAAACUCUACCGGCCCGGCAGUGUAGCUUAUGUUUCCCGCUCUGGAGGAAUGUCCAAUGAGCUCAACAACAUAAUCUCCAGAGCCACAGAUGGGGUCUAUGAAGGUGUGGCUAUUGGCGGAGACAGAUAUCCUGGAUCAACUUUCAUGGACCAUGUAUUACGCUAUCAGGACACACCGGGAGUGAAAAUGAUUGUGGUGCUGGGGGAGAUUGGAGGCACAGAAGAGUACAAGAUCAGCAGGGGUAUUAAAGAGGGCCGCAUCACUAAGCCUGUUGUCUGCUGGUGCAUUGGUACCUGUGCCACCAUGUUCUCUUCAGAGGUGCAGUUCGGCCAUGCAGGAGCUUGUGCCAACCAGGCGUCUGAAACUGCUGUUGCAAAGAACCAGGCCCUGAAAGAAGCUGGAGUAUUUGUUCCCCAGAGUUUUGAUGAGCUUGGAGAUGUAAUUCAGUCUGUGUAUGAAGAUCUCGUUUCCAAAGGAGUGAUCGAACCGGCCCAGGAAGUGCCUCCCCCCACUGUACCAAUGGACUAUUCUUGGGCAAGGGAGCUGGGUCUGAUCCGGAAACCAGCUUCUUUCAUGACCAGCAUCUGUGAUGAGAGGGGCCAGGAGCUGAUCUAUGCUGGGAUGCCUAUCACCGAGGUCUUCAAAGAGGAGAUGGGAAUUGGUGGGGUCCUGGGCCUGCUCUGGUUUCAGAGGAGGUUACCAAAGUAUGCCUGUCACUUCAUUGAGAUGUGUUUGAUGGUAACAGCAGAUCAUGGACCCGCCGUAUCGGGAGCCCACAACACCAUUGUCUGUGCAAGAGCUGGGAAAGACCUGGUCUCUAGUCUCACCUCAGGUCUUCUCACUAUUGGAGAUCGAUUUGGUGGUGCAUUGGAUGCCGCAGCUAAGAUGUUCAGUAAGGCCUUUGACAGUGGUAUUAUCCCUAUGGAGUUCGUUAACAAGAUGAAGAAAGAAGGGAAACUGAUCAUGGGCAUUGGACACAGGGUCAAAUCAAUAAAUAACCCAGACAUGAGAGUUCAAAUUCUCAAGGACUAUGUGAAGCAGCACUUUCCUGCUACCCCACUACUGGACUAUGCACUUGAAGUAGAAAAAAUUACAACUUCCAAGAAACCAAAUCUUAUCCUGAAUGUGGAUGGCUUUAUUGGAGUCGCCUUUGUUGAUGUGCUCAGGAACUGUGGCUCCUUCACCCGGGAAGAAGCAGAUGAAUAUAUUGACAUCGGAGCCCUCAAUGGCAUCUUCGUGCUUGGCAGAAGUAUGGGGUUCAUUGGACACUACCUGGAUCAGAAGAGGCUGAAACAAGGCCUGUACCGUCACCCGUGGGAUGACAUCUCCUAUGUUCUACCAGAGCACAUGACCAUGUGAUAGCCAGUAGCAUUGCUUUAAAUCAGAGAAGCAAGUUGCCUGCAUGGAAGACCGUUACACAUGGGACUUAACUGUAAAGGCCAUAGGUUUACAGAAAUCAAGAACUACUGUGCAAAGCAGCUGUUCUAUAAGCAUAGAAACUGAUGCAAAAUAAAACCAAAAGUGUGAGAUUCCAUACGCUACCUGCUGUAUUUCAUGCUUGGAAGUAGCUGAACUUUGUCUCUUCUCCCCUGCCUCUUUUAAUUUUUCUACUUGUUUUAUUUUGUGUGUGUUCUGACAAGAUUUUAAGAUGGGGGGAGGGGGGGAGUGUGUCUUGCUCAUGGGCACAGCUGCUUUUGACUUGAAGAACUAGACAUGUUAGCUUGAAAAUAAGUUGUAACCUUCCUGACAAGAGGAGGAACCAAAACGGGAAGAAUAUUGUUCCCCAUCAGCUAUGGGUUGGGGUUCUCUUGUAGGUUGUUUUUCAGCUUUGUUUGCUCUGUGUUUACCUCCACAGCCCAAUAAUAUCCUAUGUAGUGGGACCACUGCUGAUACAGCCAAUACCAUUCAAACUCUGGUGUAGUAAUUUUAAAAUGUAAAGUUGUAACAUAUACUCUUGGUAAAACUGUGAAACUACCUGUAGUGCAUUUUCUAUAUUUACACAGCCACCACAUUACUUACAGGAAUCGCUGGCCUCCUACAUUAUCUGCAUAUGCAAGAUAUAUAUUCAGUAGGCCAUUUAAUUAUAGUUGCUAUAAUAAUCCUACUUGUCUCUAUAUUAUUAUAACCUAACUUAAAUAAAUAAUACAUUAAUCAUUU